CUUGAAAUAUAACUAAUGAUAGUAUUCUCAUCAUUAUUAAUUAAAAGUAACUUAUUACGAACUUUUACAAUUUUGAAACGUAAAAUGUUACCGAAACAAGGAAAAACUUAUCAGGAUGCUAUAGCUACCUUAAAUAGUCUGCAGACUAACUCUCAGUAUCUGAAAAAUGCUGUCGUUAAACCUAAAGCUGAAACUAACCUAGCAGAAGUAGAAAAGUUUUUGAAUAGAACAAGUUUACCACUUGAUGAUUUAAAUAAACUAUCCGUUAUACACAUUGCCGGAACCAAUGGCAAAGGAACCACUUGUGCUUACAGUGAAAACAUUCUUCGAAAUCAUGGUUUUAAGACGGGAUUUUAUUCAUCUCCACAUUUAUUAGAUGUUAGAGAAAGGAUACGUAUUAAUGGAAAACCAAUUUCAAAAAAAACAUUUGCCUUACAUUUCUGGAAAAUAUACGAUUUGCUAGACAAACAAAAGACAGAUCCCGGGGACAUGCCUUUGUACUUUAGAUAUCUGACAAUACUCGCAUUUCAUAUAUUUUUAGAGCACAAAGUGGAUGUAGCUAUAGUAGAAGUUGGUAUCGGUGGUGAAUAUGAUUGUACUAACGUUUUAAGGAAAAGUCAGGUUGUGGGUAUAACACCUUUAGAUUUCGAUCAUACUUCGUUACUGGGACAUUCCAUGGAGUCCAUAGCAUGGAACAAAAGUGGUAUUAUGAAAGAAGGGAGUAUAGCAUUUACUACAGAACAACCAGAAUCAGCUUUGAAAGUUCUGAGAGAGAGAAGUUUGGAAAAAAAAUGCGACUUAAAAGUAGUGGAAAACAAUUAUUACAAUUACGAAAAUAAGUCAAAUUUUCCAUCGCAUAUCCAGAGAACAAAUGCCAGCCUGGCUUUAGCCAUAUGCGAAGCUUAUAUUAAAAGAGGUAAUAAACCACAAAAAAUGUUUUCCAUGGAAAUAGCAAAAAAUGCUAUAGAGGAUACGUAUUGGCCAGGAAGGUAUGAAAUUAAAGACUUAAAUAAAAUAAGAUUUUUCUUAGAUGGAGCACACACUAUUGACAGCAUGAGAAUAUGCACCAAUUGGUUUAGAGAAAAAACCUUAAAUUCAUGCAGGAAAAGGGCAUUAAUAUUCAAUCUUACAGGCGACAGAUUAUCUGAUACAUUUUUUAAAGAAUUAUGUAAACUCACGUUCAACAUUGUUAUUUUUUCUCCAAACGUGAGUAGCGAGAAAGAUGUGCCAGAUAAUACAGAUUUGAUAUCAACGCCGGAUAAACAAUUGCAACGUUGUAACCAGUUCAAGGAAAAGUGGUUGAAAAUGGAAGAAAGCGUAGAGAAUAAAGCCGACAGCAUUUUGGUCUUUCCUUGCUUUUCUGAAGCAAUAAAAUGUCUCGAUAAGGGAAUCGAGUACGAUGUCUUGGUUACUGGUUCUAUACAUUUAAUAGGUGCGGCCAUGGCUGUCAUUGACCCUACACUUAACGGUACACUGGUUGAUUAACCCCCAGCAUGUGGCAAAUUAGAAUUCCGGUUUUAUUUAUUUUAUUGUGUUAUCAUGACAUUUCUAAAUCUAAUUAAAGGUUACUCGUCAUAUACAAUAAAUACCAUUUAUUUUCUUUUUUAAUGAUUAAAAUUUGUUUAUAUUUUUAUA